AUGGAACAACACCGAGAACAGUUGGAAAAAGUGAAAAACACUCGCAUAAUCAAAUACGAUUAUGAAUACAGACCGCUCGAGGCCUGCAAGUUGCUACAGUUCUCCAUCGAUCUCUGGCGCCGUCGGAUAGUGCACUUCAGAACCAAUUCAAGUCCCGAAUCCGAAAUCGUUCGGAAAGCCGUUCGAUGCGCUCAGUCUGUCUGUCUUCAGUACACAGCCCGGCAAAUUUAUCACCGCCGGAAAGCAGCAUCUCAAGGUGAUUAUCACGAUGAGCUCGAGAGCUACCCGCAAUUGGAGUGCUGGCUCGAAGUCGUCGGCCUCACCAACGAUGGAGCAGAGAGCAUCAAAGAGCUGACGGCUGGGAAUUUCGACCGAUUGCUCGAGACAACGGAUGACCAAAUAAGAGAUGCUCUCUGCGAUGCAGGGGCAAAGGACCGGGAACAUCUUACUGUCGCUCUCAGAAACCUUCGGAUGAUCGAAAAUCGAUAUCUGACCACGGACUAUCCAGCGGGCAAGUUUAUAGAUUACGAAGAGGACCUCAGCUGGGAAUACCUGGGAAAGACAGGAGAUCCGCUAGCCAAGCCUGGGAUCCCCCUCAACGCGACGGCAGCUGAAAUUCCAUCGGAGCCGAGCCUACGUUGCGCAACGAAGACGCCUCCGAUCCCGCGGAAAACUUCAGCUUAUCCAGGCUUCGCCGAAGGUGUGACGGGUACGAAAUCUCGCCUGGAUCAGCUCCGAUCCGAUCGAGGACAAGGUCAUCGUUACGCCCGGAGAAGGCUCCAGACCGAGCCCACGCCGGGCUCCACUGAGCUAUCUUCGCCGUCAAGGAGUCCAUCGUAUGCGACUUCGCCCGAUGCUUCCUCGGACGCUUACCUCACCAGCGAUUCCGAGAGAACUCGUCAUCCUUCACAGCAAUGUGAUCCUACCAGCCAGUCUCUCCCUCUUUCUCCCCGACUCCCGAGCAUGAACCACGAGAUGCGUCACCGCUUCUCGCCUUUCGUGAAGGUGACCAAUUGUCAACAAUGUGACAAACCCAUGUUCUUCGGGUACAAAUGCAGAGAGUGCAAGUUCCGUUGUCAUCGAGACUGCGUAGAAAAGGUGCCCCCGACUUGUGCUCUGUUGAAUGAGCUCCUCGACGCCGUCGCGCGAAGAUACCAGCAAGGCGCAUUCGAAAAUCUCAAUAGCCCGCUCGGAAGCCAUUCUCCGUCGGCGGGGAGGUUUGCGAAGCACGCAUACGCGGGUUUCUCACGAGGAUGGUCUUCUCAGCAUGCUGGAGAUUCUUCGAGCACGACGUCGUCCUGCGCUUCCUCGGCCCCCGGUUCGCCACAAGUGAUGGUGGGACUCAUAGGCAGCAAGUUCAAGUUUCCAGUCCAAGAAAAUCUCAGAAGAGGAAGCGAAGAGCGCCAGAGUCAGGGAGACCUCUCGAUUCGUGGAGAUGUGAAGAAUGGCUCUAUCACCGACUCAGAGCAGACCAUCGUUUCUGGGAACUCGAAUUCCGAAAGCGUUUGUCUGUCGUCCCGCGAAUGGGACAUCCCACUUGAUGAGGUCGUCCUGGAAGAGAGACUGGGGGAGGGCCAGUUUGGAGUCGUCUAUAGAGGCAAUUGGCACGGUGCUGUAGCGGUCAAGAUGUUGAACAUGGAAACAGCGUCGCCUCGGAGACAAGCGGGGAUCAUGGCAACGUUCGAGCAGGAAGUUGCGAAUUUCCGGAAAACGCGUCAUGAGAACCUCGUGUUGUUCAUGGGAGCUUGCGUGAAACCACCGAAUUUAGCCAUUGUGACAUCAUUGUGCAAAGGACUGACGCUCUAUCGGCAUCUACACUAUCAGACGGACAAGUUCAAUCACAACCGAAUCGGAAGCAUAGCUCGGCAAAUCUGUUUGGGCAUGGGCUAUCUACAUGCGAGAGGUAUCUUGCAUAAGGAUCUCAAGACAAAAAAUAUCUUCUACGAGAACGGAAAGGUGGUCAUCACCGAUUUCGGUUUGUUCUCGGUAGCGAAGCUUUGUCAAGAAGGCCGCAGAGGAAACUACUUGACCAUACCUCGCGGAUGGCUCUAUUACUUGGCUCCAGAACUCCUCAAGGACCUUCGACCAGGAAUCGAGCACCCAGAUCUCUCAUUUUCGACUCGGAGUGAUGUCUAUGCUUUCGGAACUGUAUUCUUCGAGCUGCUCACCGGUACCUGGCCAUUCCAGGAUCAACCUCCGGAAAGCAUCAUAUAUCUAGUUUCGAAGGGUAUCAAGCCCCCGCUAGCUAAUCUCUAUUCUAUCGUUGAGUACAAAGAUAUUUUGAUGUCUUGCUGGGCGUAUCAAGAUCACGACCGGCCGGAUUUCACUAGACUUCAGAGUCAUCUCGAAAGACUUCCUAAACGGAAACUCUCACGAAGUCCAUCCCAACCGACCGAUGUGACUCGGUCGAACGAGUCGACAUUCUGA